GUGACGAAAUUACAGGCCGAACAUAACUAGUUUGUAAUACUCCUUAUUAGGUCCAGUCCGCGAUUUAUAAGCCCUUGAGUGAAUUCUUGUUAGACGGAGACGAGCUCUGGACAUUCACCGAUGGAGAGGGGCAGUGAUCCUCAGCUGAGCUCGCAAAACCCUACUGAUGGAGGAAGAAGGCAGGCGACGGAGAAGGAAGGAGAAAAGAAGGCGAAGCUGGUGGUAAUAAUGGGUCCCACUGGUUCUGGAAAAUCCAAACUGGCCAUUGAUUUAGCAGCUCACUUCCCCAUUGAAAUCAUCAACGCUGAUUCCAUGCAGGUCUACCAUGGCCUUGAUGUCCUCACCAACAAGGUUCCCCUUCACGACCAAAAGGGAGUUCCUCACCAUCUGCUGGGAACUGUAAGUCCAAACGUGGAAUUCACAGCUAAAGAUUUCCGGGAUUCUGCUAUUCCUCUGAUCACCGAAAUAGCGUCACGCAACCACUUGCCAGUUAUUGUUGGGGGUACUAAUUACUAUAUUCAGGCUCUUGUUAGUCCAUUCCUAUUAGAUGAUACAGCUGAAGAUUUGGAUGAAAGCUUUCAGAAUCAGUCUCUUGGUAUAUUCGACUCCGUUGCUUUUAAAUUUGCAUUCAAAACUUCAAUUGUUGAUAUCUUAUAUGGGUUUACAGGAGAUGAGCUGACUGAUCAGGUGCCUGAUUUUGGGAGAAGCAAUUUCAAUAGCUAUGAUUAUCUUAAAGACCUUGAUCCUGUUGCAGCUAACAGAAUCCAUCCAAAUAACCAUAGAAAGAUUAACCAGUUCCUUAACUUGUAUGCCCGUUUUGGUAUUCUCCCUAGCAGACUUUAUCAGGGAAGAGCCGCAGAGAACUGGGGUCGUGUUGAUAAUUGUAGAUUUGAUUGCUGUUUUAUUUGUGUUGAUGCUGCUAUCCCUGUGCUGGAUCAAUAUGUGGGGCAAAGGGUAGAUUGCAUGAUUGAUGCUGGAUUAUUGGGUGAAGUUUAUGAUAUUUACAAGCCUAAUUCAGAUUAUACCCGAGGCUUACGACAAGCCAUUGGUGUACGGGAGUUUGAGGAUUUUCUUACAGUUUACCUUUCGGAAGGUAGGAAUGAUAAAGCAAGUGAUCCUACUAAUGAAUCUCUCUUCAUGGAGUCAGCAAACAAGGACAAAAUAUUGAAAGAUAAUAUUAAGGAGGUACUAUGUUGCUCUGAUAACAAUGAACUCAAAGUUGUUCUAUCUGAAGCCAUUGACAAAAUGAAAGCAAAUACCCGAAGACUUGUCCGUCGUCAAAAGAGGAUGCUUACUCGGCUUCAAACUUUGUUUGGGUGGUAUAUACACUGCGUUGAUGCCACGGAGUCUAUAUCAUGCAAAUCCGAUGAGUCAUGGUCUGUACAAGUGGUUGGACCAGCAGUGGAAAUUGUCAGAUCUUUUCUGAGUGAGGAUGGGAGUUCAGUGCUUGAUUUGGGGGCUUGUGAUGCUGCUACAAUGAAAACAAUCGAAAGGAACUUGUGGACACAGUAUGUCUGCAAGGCUUGUGGGAAUAGAGUUCUUAGAGGAGCUCAUGAGUGGGAGCAGCACAAACAAGGCCGCGGCCAUCGAAAACGAAUAUCUCAUCUUCGGAAGCUUCAAGGGCAAGGAAAAGCUUCGGUAGAGCAGAAUGUGGAGACCAUAAUUAAUGACCAAGUUUCAGGAUCAUAGAUUUCCAGACAUAAGCUGGAAUGAUCUCAAUGGCCUGAGUUCAAGAUUAUUGAUUAUGUAUCAAAUGGGAAGCCAGAUUGGGAAAGGUACCAACAGCUUGUAUUCAUUCUUUGCUCUGCUGUUCUCCAGAAAAUUUGUAGUGUCAUCUUUUUGUUUUCUGUUUUGUGGGGUUUGUACUUGACAAGUAUUGAAUCCUGAAAUUCGUAGAUGGCUGCACCUUUACCACUAGGCUGAUCAUAAAGGUACACUUUGGAUUGUAUUUAA